AUGCAAGAACAGUGUGCCUUUAUUACACUUCUUGAUUCCGUUCAAAAUAAUGAUGAAGGCCCUAUAUUAACGAACUCAACAGUAAUUGACGAGAAUUCGGUGCUAAUAAAUCCAGAGGUACCUGCUGAACAUUCGAUGUUGAUAAAUCCAACUGUAAAUGAUACACAAUACUUUAUAGAUCCCUCUCUUUUAACAAAGUCACAAGAAGAACAACAAUUAGAGCAAUCUACUGAACAAUUAGAACAACCAGAACAAUCGGAACAAGUACAAAAAAUAGAAGAAGAAGAACCAAAAGAAAUACAACAGUUAGUAACACAGCCACAAGAAGAACAUAAGAAUGAAACAUCUUUCACUACCAAACAAGUCCAACAAGCUCACCAGGGACACUCUUACGGAACCCGUUUUGCAAAUCAACAACGUCCCACUCCAGGAAUAGAAGUUCGUUCAAGAGCCAGAAAACAAAAGAAAGGGAAAACCGAAGAAUAUUGUAUUUGCCUUAGAUCUGCUUAUGGCACAAUGGUUAAUUGUGAUAUCUGUAAUGAUUGGUGUCAUAUUGAAUGUGUAAACCUUACUGAACAACAGGCAGUAGAAAUGGAUAAAUAUAUUUGUCCUAAAUGUCAAGGAAAUCAUCCAUAUAUUGGUCUAUUAAAAGAUGAAUGUUCAUUGCCUGAAUCUUUUGGUAUCGAUCCAAAGGCUUUAUUGAUUGUGAAACAUAAAGAUGACGGAUCAUUUAAAUGUCUGAAUAAGGAAUGUCCAAAUUCUGCGCAGAAAAAGAAUUCAUAUUGUGGUGGUGAAAUAUGUUAUUUACUAAGUAAAAAUUUAGAUAGUAAAACAUCUAAAGGAGUUGAACUACAAACACAAAAAUCUGUAUCGUCAUCUUUUCCUGUAACAAAAGAAUCAAAAAAAGUACCAAGUCAGGUACAUUCUACCAAAUUCACUUCUUCUUCUAAAUCUAUUACAAAUAAAUUUUCACAUGUGAAACCACAUUUAGUGCCUAGUAGUAGUAAAUUACAAUCAACCAAUGUAAAUAUUGUACAAGGUGCUUCUGCUGCUAAUAAUAAUAGUAGUGGCAGUAGUGGUACUAAGACUGCUAUUGCUAAAAAAUCAGGUCAAAGUUCAAUUAAAAAAUUACAAAUUCAAACUAAACCAACAAAUUCUUCAAUUGAUCUUGAUACCAAAUUAAGAGGUUUAUGUACCGAAAAAUUUCAAGAAAUUUUUUUUAAAAAAUAUAAAGAUUUAGACCAAAAAGGUGACUUACCAAAAACUGAUGAUACACCUGCACAACUUGGUGAACGACUUGCAAGAAAGCUCGAAGAGGCUAUAUAUGAUGCUUUUACUACAAAAAAUGAUAAGGAACCGUUAGGCCAACCUUAUAAAUCAAAAUUUCGUAAUCUUCACACAAGUUUAGGACAUCCAAAAAACGACCAAUUGUUGACAAAUGUUGUUAAAGGUGAUAUUCCAGCAGUGAAAUUAGUACAAAUGACUCCAGAAGAAUUGGCUAAUCCAGAACAAAAAUCAUUAAUGGUAAAAGUCCGUAGAGAAAGCAUGCAACAGUCUGUUUUAAAAGCUGAAGAUAUGGGACCUAGAAUUAAAAAAACUCAUAAAGGUGAAUAUGUUAUUGUUGAUGAUUUUCUAGAUUCAUCAAAAAAUGACAGUUCAUCAUUAUCAUCUCAGCAAGAUAAAAUUUCUUCGACAUCAAAAUCCACUAAUUCUAUUGGUGUUAGCCCAACUAGACCAAAAAUAAAUUUAGAAGAUUUAAUCCCUAAAAGAAAAACAAGUGUAGGCAUGCCAAUUUUAUCAAAUGUAAUUAUGAAUUCACCUCAAGUGUUAGACUCACCUCCAUAUUCUCCUGGAGCCUUAUCACCUUCUGUGUCAUCAUCCUUCGGAAGUCCUUCUAAAACUCCACCAGGAGAGCCAACAAACAAUGCUAUAAUCGAACCAAUCACAGUUUGGAAAGGUAAAUUAUUCUAUGAUGGUGUGGCAAGGUUCUCAGGGAAGGCAAGCCUUGUUGCAGCAAAGAAACUUGAUAAAGUUCGAAACUGGGAUGAAUAUCUUACUGCUUCUAUUAGGGUUAAUGGUCAUGUGUCACGUGUUGAACAGGCUGAUACAUAUUUGAUUGAUUGUUGGUGUUCACCAUCAAAAGACGUUAUUUUUAUUAAAUUUGAAGUAGACGAUGCUUAUGAACCGCAGUUUGAUAUUAUAUUUAACUAUCUACGUUACUCACCAAAAGAUCAAUGUGUUCGUUAUGGUCGUGUGGCAAAUGCUUAUAAUGCUGUUAGAGAACUGUACCUUAUACCGCUAGAGCCCGAGGAUAAAAUACCUGAUGUUGUAACAUUUUUGGAAUACGAUGAGGUUUUAAUACCAAAAACUGAUGAUAAGAAACGUGACUCUAAAUUAUUAUUAGGCGCACUAGUGAUAGUUGAGGCUGAAUCAGGUAAAUUAAAACGGCCAAUGAAUCAUAGCGUCAGUAAAAGUGGCAGCAGCAGUAGACCAGAUAAAAAAGAAAAAUCACAUCAUGAAUCUGUCAAAUCAAUUUCUGAAUCUAACAAACAAAACGAAAAAUCAGAAAUAGAUUCUAUGAUUAAACCACAACAGAAUGUUGUGCCAACACCUAUUAAUCCCGCUCCUCAGUCAUUACAACCACCUAAUUCUCAACAACCACAGCCUUCCUACACAAAUAAUAUGCCGAUUAUGUCAGCACCUAAUGGACAAUUUACCGGAUUUUUUCAAAGUUUGUUGGCAAAUUCAAAUAUGCAAAACAUAGCACCACAGAACUUACCAGCACAGAAUUUGUCAGCAACAACUGGUCAUUAUAAUGCUCAACCAUCACCAUUCAAUAAUCCAUUACCUCCUCCGCCUAUACCUUUUAAUCAAUCUCAAAUUUCUAUACCAUCAUCACAACCACAAGUACAGCAAUAUACAAACCCGUACUCACCUCAAUAUCAAACUGCUAUGCCACUACAAAAUAAUCAACACCCAUUUAUACCAACACAUCAUAGUUCACCUGGGCUUCAAACUAUUCCGUCACAAACACCACACCAACAACCUCCACCUGCAUAUCCUUCGUACGAUCAAUACUAUUCUCAAACUACGCCACAACCAAUGCAAACUUUUGUUCCACAUUCUUCACAACAACAGCAAGUUGUGCAAAAUCAAAUAUCAACACAUCAUCAAGAUCAUCAUCAAGAGCAUCAUCAAAAAGAACACCAUCAUCAAGAACAGCAGCAAAAGCAACAUCAUUAUCAAGAACAACAGCAAAAGCAACAUCAUAAUCAUAAUAAAGAACAUCGCCAUGAACAUCGUCAAGAAUAUUACCAAGAAUACCAAUCUCGACAAUCAUCAUCAUCGUCAUCGUCAUCAAGACAACGUUAUCAAUCUCGUUACGAUAAUUAUGAUAGAAAACGAUCAUCCAAGAGACAUAAAUAUUAA